AUGAAGCUCUCGCGCAUGAUCCUCAGUCUGGCCAGCCUGGCGCUGGCUACUGCUCUUCCUGCCGUUACGGAAAGUGCCGCAUCGACUGCCUUCCCCAGCACCUCCGGCCUGCAGUUCAAGAUCGACGGCAAGACCGGCUACUUUGCCGGCACCAACUCGUACUGGAUCGGGUUCUUGACGAACAACGACGACGUCGACCUGGUCAUGAGCCAGCUGAAGGAGUCGGACCUUAAGAUCCUGCGUGUUUGGGGAUUCAACGACGUCAAUACCAAGCCCGCCGACGGCACGGUGUGGUUCCAGCUCCACGAGAACAGCAAAUCCACCAUCAACACCGGCACCGACGGUCUCCAGCGUCUCGAUUACGUGGUCACUUCCGCCGAGAAGUACGGCAUCAAGCUGAUCAUCAACUUUGUCAACGAGUGGGACGAUUAUGGCGGCAUGAACGCCUACGUCAAGGGCUACGGAGCCUCCGCCAAGACCGAUUUUUAUAGCAACACCGCGAUCCAAUCGGCCUACAAGGCGUACAUCAAGGCGGUCGUGUCGCGCUACAGCACCUCAUCUGCGAUCUUCGCGUGGGAGUUGGCCAACGAGCCCCGCUGCAACGGCUGCGACACCUCCGUGCUGUACAACUGGAUCUCCACCACCUCGAAGUAUAUCAAGUCGCUCGACUCCAAGCACAUGGUCACCAGUGGAGAUGAGGGCUUCGGUCUCGACACCGACUCCGAUGGCAGUUACCCCUACACCUACGGCGAGGGGCUCAACUUCACUAAGAACCUGGGCAUCUCGACCAUCGACUUUGGCACUCUGCACCUAUACCCAGACAGCUGGGGCACGUCCUACGACUGGGGCAAUGGCUGGAUCAAGGCUCACGCCGCAGCAUGCAAGGCUGCUGGUAAGCCAUGCCUGUUGGAAGAGUAUGGAGUGACUUCGAAUCACUGCGCCGUUGAGAGCCCCUGGCAGCAGACAGCCGGAAACGCAACGGGCAACUCCGGGGAUCUGUACUGGCAAUACGGCACCACUCUCAGCUGGGGCCAGUCGCCCAACGAUGGGAACACGUUCUAUUAUGGCACGAGCGACUUCAAGUGUCUGGUGACGGAUCAUGUGGCGGCGAUCAAGGCGAAGUAUAACUAGAGUAUUUUGUCUGGUAUACGUGGUGGGUUGAAUGGCUGGGUGGAUAGUUGAUGGUGCGAUGUGAUGAUGUCGAUCAUAGUGUGGUUAGCCAUCGCAUAGGGUGCUUGUAAAAAAAGAUGGGUGCCUGGGGGAUCC